AAGUACUCAUGACGGACGAAAACAAAAACUGUGAUGUGUCUGACUACAGGAGCAAAGGGGCCCAAAAAUGUCGAGGGAGAUGCCCGUGCUGACUGUGAGUCGCCGAGGAAGACACAAAGCAGAUCCUUGAUCUUGCUGGACGCUCGUCACGAAAGGCGAUAUCAGGAGCCAGAACACGACAACUUGCUGUUGCUUCACGGUGAGACUAAGUAGUACCAAUACCACAGUAGAAGAAGUCCUCAAAGAUCGACUAGUACCGAAUUAGAGGUUCUCGUAAAGCGAAUAGUUGAUUCCUCGGGCGAACGGAGAAGGAGAAGAACGGAGAAGAAGAAUUCAUUAUGCAUAUUGCAGACCAUACCAACAUCAAGAACUACUAUCUUGCAUCUUCUGCACCGAUCUACUUCAUCGAGAACAGUCUCGCAGACAGCACGAACGCUUGUCCGGCUUUCGACAACCUUUCGUCCGACUUCAGCUUCCUCAGCCACGCGCUCUUCAACGGCGAUCUUGCUGACCGCACCCAUUUUUGUCGAGUGAAGAACUAGCUUGCAGACCACACACUCGAUUAAAGAUGGUCCGACUUUCGGUCACCUACGGGGAUACCCACGAUGUAGAGAAGGAGCACAUCCUCGUGUCGCACCACCAAACACUUUACUUUAUGUCUGGAAAGAAGAAUUUAGACCGCAUCAGGGAUUGAUUAUCUAGACUCCCUCGUUUCCGUGUGUCUAGACUUGUUUUCGUUCUUGUCGAUUCUCUCCGCUUCAAAGUUUACUCUAAUGGCAUACAGGAAAUAGACGUUUUUCGUGUAGCUGUUGAUAUGAUUUUGUAUUCUGUGACCUUCGACGAGAAAAUAGGAAGUUGACGCGCUCGCUCUAAUGAAGACGUUCGAACAUGUGACUACUUUCACACUACGAAACCAACAAAGCAGAAAGUGCCAUUUCUCUGCGAUGUCGGGCUUACGGUGAAAAACGAGUACGGGAGGCUCCCACGAUUGGACCAACUACCGGAGAUAACGCAACUUCUAAGUGUAUUUAAAAGCUAGUUUACUAGAGCUUCUAUGUGAUAUGGCUCCUUAGCUAGUUAAGAUAGAACUACAGCAUGCAGCGAACGCAUGAGACUAUCAUCUCUAUUAUAUUCGCUUCUCUGCAAUUAUUAAUUUCUAACUCACUAUAUAUAAGGACUUAGUAUUUAGAUUCAAGAAUUUUACGGCAAGUAGCGAGUUUGCUUUUAUGACCAUAAAUUUCCAGAUACCGGAAAAGAAACUAUUGAUAACAGCGGAUCAAGCAGGGACCAUCGUUAUAACAGGCGGGCCGCCAAAAAUGGAUAUCAUUAGAAGGGUGUGCACCGGCUCAGAGAUAGUCGCGAUGGAGCAUGUGCAAAAUAAAGACCUCAAGGCGUCUGUAAAAAACCCCGAAGAGGGCGUCCCGCUGCUCGUGUAUGCCUAUCGAAGCAUAUCCGGUGUGUAUGGUACUGUCACUAUUUUAUGACACGAAGACUGGUUUAUUUUUAUUACUGGCUGAGAAGUUCCUCUGGUUUUCUUGAUACUUCGAAACAGGCCUUCUUGAUGCCUUACGUAGGCAUUCUGGCUCAAGGCUGUACCUGCAGCUUGUGACCCCCCUUUCCCCCAUAUGGGGUUUGGGUUAGUAAUUCGGGUAUUAGGACGAGAAAAAGAACCAGAAGAGAGGCGUGAUGAAACGAAAAAGAAAAGAAAUGACGCGCUUGCUUUCUCUUGUCGUGGUCGCACUCUUCGUGCUUGACUAGCGGACCUUGGCGACUGGGAUUUCUUGCUCUCCUUCUCUCCCUCGCUUGGGAUGAUCGCGCGAGGUGAGUCGGCAACGCGCCCCUAAAGAAUUUAAGACCCCAUAAACAUGAAAAUAAUUGGGCAGUCAAAGGGAUGGUAGUGAUAUUAAGGAAACAGAAAGUAAAACAUCGAAUGAUAUGAAUAUCUGUCUGACCGUCCUCCUUUCGUUUCACCUCUUCUCCCCCCGGUGCGAAUGUGCAGCAGCGCGGAAGAGAAGCUUUUAUGGUAUAUGUAUUUUUGUCUUAGGCCCGUAGCACAUGCCUUGACCCGAGUGGGAUCGGCGAAGCGUGGCACGAGCAUCAUGAUAUCCUCCAACAAACCUCCGAAAAUUAUCCCCCAAUGAAAACCCGCGCAUGACGCGAGAGAUCCACACAACAGGCACACUUCGGAGGUGCUGCGACUGGAGCCCCUCCGAGCGCGAUCGGCAAGUCCUCACUUGCGGCGCGGCUCCGGUCCGUCGAGCAUGAGGCACGCUGUUCCCACGUAUCGUCUCAGGACGUGGCGGCGCAGUCACUGCAGCCGCGAGCCCGGCCUCCGCGAGCCCGGCCUCUUCUUCUCUACAGCGGUUGCCGUCGUGCUUAAUCGUUUGCGUAGUUUUAGCGCCUGGCCGUCGUGCUUCAGGCUUCUCGCUGGGUCAUUAGAUGGAAUUACAGCGAGAAAUGUAGACCCAGGCAAAAAAGAACUCUCGCGAAGGCCCUAUGAAUAAUGAGAGAAGUCGUCGCACAAAGACACCUCUCGCUGUUCAUGGUCUGCGUGUCAAUGAUGAUAAUAGAAUACAUGAUAGUUCGACUUGCACUAGGCUCAACACAUUGUUGUAGAAGUGUAGUUAGAUGGAUCUGCGACCUGUCCAUACCUUGAUUCAAGAUCUUGAAAUAGAAAAUAUUAUUUACAAGAAUGUCAAGGGAAACUUUCCGCAAGCUGCUGAAUAGAUUCGAAUCAUCACAAGAAUGUCAUUCAAGGUGACGGGAAGAGUCGGAUACGGUUCUGGAAUUACAAGUCGAACGAAAUGCUAGCAGAAAUAGACCUUCCGUCAGAGCUGAAUAAUAUACUUUUCUGCGCUGAGACGAACCAGGUAUUAUGUUGCUGCAGGCAGGGAAAAAUUUGGAAGAUUCUGCCAGAAGCCACGAAAGGCAGAGGACUCGGAAAGGUACCCUACUCCCACAGCGAUGUAAGGAAAAGCAACUGUAGGAGUUGUGAGACAGUAGGACCACGGCAGGCUGCCUCCAAGAAAAGUCAAACAUAGAAGGACUACCACUGAAGUAAUCUGAAGAAGUGUUUACAACCCAAUGAUUGGUUGAUCCUACAUUCAGCCAACGAUGGAAUUUAAUUGGUCAAAGACGGACACUCUCGAUGUCGGCGCAGAGGGUGACCACCUAAUGCGACUAUAUUCAUUAGGUACAAUAAUUACCUACUGUUGAUGGAUCAAUUUUCGAGUAAUUUCAAAUGCAACCGAUAUUCAAGUAGCGUGAGCGUCAGAUCAUCUACUCUCGAAAGCGUCCACGAAAUCGAAAACUUCAAAUUCCAGAGGAAGGUUGUGAAAUAUGCUUGUUCGAUUAAUCACAACAGGUACGGAGAACUACUUCUACGGAAGAAUGAAUCUUUCCCGAAAUGUAAAUUGAAGAAGUUUCAACUCACACAGAUAAAAGUGCUGGUGUGCUUACCGUCUCGCAGCAGGGAAAAUUGAAGAUGUGGCAUUUAGCUCCCACCGCCAUGGAGUACUUAGAAGUCGACUGCCUCUUUCAUGUGGGAAACUGUUCUAAAGCCUCAUUGCUGCACUAUAAACGGGUGAACCCAGGGAGCGUCUGUGCUGACGAUAUGAAGCGGCUAGACUUAGAGGACGGAGGUACUCGUCCUUCAUGAUCUAUAUUAAAAUGGUGAAACUCCCACUGAGAACGUGCUGAAAGAACCCAUUCUGUCUCGCCAGUACUUCUUUGCUCAGAAGUAGUCAUCGUCAUCCUCCUCAUGCUCCUCCUCCUUCCCCGCACGCUUCGCUUCCUCUCUUACUCAGAUAUGCUGAUCGUUGGCGGCGACGAGUUGAUUAGUUUCAUCAAUCCGUACGAUGUAGACCGACCGUGCAUACGAAGACUAGACUUUCGAGAGGGCGUACGGUGCCUUACACAGUGGAGGAAUCUUGUGAUCUAAGAUUGCACAUAAAGGAAAAUAACCGGUUACUCUUUAUUCCCUCAAUUCCUAGGUCUAUCCCACCAUGCAAUGCACAGUAGUACUUCAUGUAGAAUUAAUCGAGGUCCGACCUCGGAGGUCGAUACUCAUGCUAUGCGAUGUCCAAGAGUGAGAGCGUUACUCAAAUGAAUACUUGUCAGAGUUGCUUGCAUCGGAUGGCUUGAAAUGAUAUAGAAUCAUGAAAUAUCAAUUGCAGAUCAUCCAGGAGGAUUCUAACACAUGGCACGCGAUAAAAUAGAAUCAAUUUAGGCCUCUAAACUAUGGUCGGAACGAAGUCGGGUUUGAUCAUUGGCAUUGACCCCUUUUCCGGCGUGCAUCAACUAAAGCUUCAGCUGGGUCUCAAUGCAGAAGUCGAGCAGCUGGUACCACUUCAUGGACUGAAAAUCUUGUUUCUCUUCUUGGAGACUGUGUGAUUCCGUGCAUACUUUGUCGUGUAGUAGAUUGAUAUUCAAUACGGUAAACCUACGUUGUUGAAAAUUCAAGGUUGGGGGUGUCGACGUUUUAAGGGGGAUUAACAGCUGCGGUCGGCUAGCGGUCUGGGCACUGAAAGGCAUCGAUGUAGUUCGGCUAGUAGAAUUGGACGCGCCGGCCCACGUAAUACAUUUAUGCAGUUACUAUAUACUUCAUCGAUGAUUUUUCACUACUUGUAGCUUUUACUAUUAAUAUGCUGAUUCUUACACUUAAUACUACAUUUCGUAGAUGUACUAGGCAGUAUUAGCUUCGGGUGAAGAUGAUCACUCUGAUAGGAGCUCCCCCUGCUGCGACUGAGAACUACUUAAGUAGCCACUUUCUAACGCUUAACGUGGGAGCGUCGCAAUUGCCAUCGGGACACAACCAUCUGGGCGCAGGAAAUCUGGAGGUACUGCGUCGCACAGAAAAGGGGCAGGAACGUUACUAGUAGGAGAAUUGAACCACACCAGGAGUCGCAGAUAGUAUCAGUAAGUGGUCAAAUAGUCACGAAAACUGGUUUUGCACAGAUGGUUUUUCGACAUUUCCUAAAAGAUAUUCGGGUAAAGGUUGCUAUAUAUUUUAAUUUUUCCCAUUUGUCAUACUCAUUUGCCGCUGUACACGCUCGAUACAGCACGAAUCGAAGUCAUUGCAAUAACAUAAGAACAUGAAUUUUUUGGGCUGAGUCAUGUCUGAGCUUCUGCAUUAGAUUUGUUGAAGGUCACUGAAGUCUUCAUCAAGCAAAUUUAUCAUUUAAGUGUCUUCGUACAUUGAGAACAUAGACUCGUCGUUUUAUGAAAAUAGUAACUAUCAAUCCACAUGAAUGAUCAUUGAUUAUUAUAAGAUACCGCCUUUUACCACUUAUCAUAUCAAUCGGUUCACGUUAGCUCUUCCGUCCAUGACCAUAUGCGUCAAGAAAUUACAUCACCUUACUUGUAAAUGUAAAUCGUCCAAUGUACCUCUUUCUAGCCCUGAUCAUCCCCAUUCCCAUUGAGCCUUCCCUUUGUCAUGUGUGUAAUUCGAAAUUAGCGCUCACAGUUAUUAGAUAGAUUAUGAUUAGGUUAGAAGUUUGAAAUGCCAUGUAAAUGUAUCUUGUCAGGUCUUGCUUCUUUCCUCUAGCGUAGAACGACUGCAACACGGAUGGGGAAAAUAUCCAUAAGACAAUCAGGCUGUGGAUGAAGGUAUUGCAUGUACAGAGACAAUUUUUGUGGAAAUGGGCUAUGCCUCCUUCCAAAGCGUGUCGAUUCGUUUUCCCGACCUUGGUGAACGGAAG